AUGAGAGUAGGAGGGUUUUCAUCAGAGACGUUACCAUUGAAUCGCAUGAAAAAUUCGAAGUUUAUAAAUGGCGAUGUUAUUCUUGAUGGUUUAGCGAAUCGUUUUAAGCGUUGGCCAUAUUCGCGAGAUGUGAGUGCUUUUCAGCCAAUUCGUGGUCACAUGAAACGCUUUUUGUCGCCUAAUUCUAUGAGGUUUCGCGGAAAUCAUCGAAGAAGAAGUUCAGUUUCGAUAUCAGUUCCCUUCAACACUAACAGGAUUGUUAAUGACGUUUUGAAUCCUCCCAAGUGGCGGAACGAACUUUCCAAGUUCGAUCUUGAUGAGCACCCACAAUGGCCAGUGCGACAAGGCGGUCGAAGCGGAACAAAUGAUUCGGCCACAGUUUAUUGUUUAUUUGUUACGAGACUGAGUCACAGUUUUCUCCAAAAACUAUAUUACAGUGGAAAAACCGGAAGAGGUGGAAGAGGAGGAAGGGCCCCUCGCAACACAACGCAAUUUUUGGUGGCAGAUUGUGAGGAACGAGAGCUAGAAGGCAAAAUGAAGUCCAUGCGGGACUCGGAUGAAUUUCCGUUUUGUGAACCUUCUGGGAGUUCAGAUGAUAUGAGAAAGGAAGAAGAAUUAAUGCAUCGGGAGUUCACAGAGCAGUAUAAUGAAGUCACUGCCGCUCGCAUUGGUACCAUGACAAAGGAUGAAGUAACAGAAGAAGUAUUGACGCUGCAGGGAACUGUUGAAUUGUUAGAUCAUACUGUACAUAAACUGGAGAAGGAAAAUGAUCAGUUAAGGCGUGAGCUCGGACAUUUUUUUCCAUUAUUUCAAAAUAACAGUGCCAGCGAAAGUGAAGGAUCUAAUUUUGAAAAUGAUGCGUAUUUAUCGAAUAAACCUGAUAAUAGCUGUGUAGAUGAUGAGGUUUCAUCUUCAUCGGACUACGCACAUAUAACACGUGAAGAGGGACGUGUGGAUGAGUGUGAAACUGCUACUUUGCCUACAUAA